UCCGGGAGUCGGCGGCGAUGGCGUCAUCACCGAGUGCCGGGCCGACAGCGGCGCGGAGGUUGGCUAUGUGACCAGGCAACAUGCUGAGCCGGCUUCAGGAACUGCGCAAGGAGGAGGAGACGCUGCUGCGGUUGAAGGCAGCCCUGCACGACCAGCUGAACCGCCUCAAGAUGUUGGUGCAUGUAGACAAUGAAGCAUCAAUCAACCAAACAACCCUGGAGCUGAGCACAAAGAGUCAUGUGACGGAAGAGGAGGAGGAGGAAGAGGAAGAAGAAUCAGAUUCCUAAAGGAGGGGGAAAGCCAGGCUGGUCAGUUAUACAAAUUGCAUUUCUAAGUCUCAGGCUACUUCUCCUCAAGGAAAUCAUCUUGCCCUGGGCCCUGUGAUCUGCUUGAAAGGAAAGCAAGAACUAUAAGGAGGAUGUGUAGUUGCAAAAAUGGCUCCAUCGGUAACUCAAGCUUCAGAAUGUUAUGACAUACAGAAAAUCAAAGAUGCUGUGUCUUAGCAUUGAGUAAUAUGGGUGGUGCUGUCUGUAAUCUGGUCAGAUUCAGUUAACUGUUCAAAACAAAAUUUCCUCUGAAAUACUGUUGAGAAAGUCUGGCAUUUGCAAAAAGAGCAGAGUUUAAAUACAAGCCAGUCUUUCCAGUCAACAAUGCCUCUUUGAAGAAAACCAAUUAAAGACUGUUUGCAUGCCGCUGAACCCUUGUGAGCAGUUAGGACACAGUCUAGGACAGAAAGAUGACAAGGGAAAGGACUGAGGGCCAUCUGAGAGCACAAGCUGUUUCUGCCUCUCAGAGGCAUUGAAAUAUUGCAUGCUAUAAACUGCUUUGUGUAUCUGUUUAUCACCUCUCACUUGAGACAUCACUCACUGGUAAAAUGUUUUAUAAAUAAAUUAUAAGUAGCCAUCAUGGAGCCUGCUGGUUUCUAGAUAGCGACAGAGAGAAGCAGCAGUUCCUUCUCUGAGGAAAAGAUACAACAGGAUGGUUUGAAAUCCAUUUCUGGUCCUUAAGAGAGAUGUGCCAUGCUUGGAAGACUGGAUUUUUUGUUUUGUUUUGUUUGAGAUGGAGUUUCACUCUUAUUGCCCAGGCUGGAGUGCAGUGGCGCGAUUUUGGCUCACUGCAACCUCCCCCUCUCGGGUUCAAGUGAUUCUUCUGCCUCAGCCUCCAGAGUAGCUAGGAUUACAGGCAUGCACCACCACACCCGGCUAAUUUUGUAUUUUUAGUAAAGAUGGGAUUUCUCCAUGUUGGUCAGGCUGCUCUCGAACUCCCAACCUCAGGUUUUCCUCCCGCCUCGACCUCCCAAAGUGCUGGGAUUACACACAUGAGCCACUACACCAGGCCGGAAGACUGGAUUUUUGUUAACAGAUGACAGUUGCAGAAUAAGAGUUUUUACUUAGUAUCUGAAGUUGAGGUUCAUUUCUGCAUACUGUCCCUUUUCCACUGACUACUAUACCAUGAAAUAAGUAGUUGCUUAAUUUUAUAAAAUUAAUUUCCCCUGCCCAAGCAACAGUAAAAGCCAAACAAAACACAAAGAAUCAUGUCAAGCAGAACUUAUGUAACAGUUCCCAAAGAAAACAAAGAAUACUUUUUUUGUUAAUCCACAUUUCAUUGAAAUUAUUUUGAGCUGCUUUUAGAGGAAACAGCCCGAAGUUUAAAUGAGCAUGUUCCUUAGAACACACAAUGGGAAGACAGUUUGGGAACAAAAAGCAUCAAGGUACAUAAAUUUUGGGGGUCUAAUUUAAAAUAUGAGCAUGGGUUUUAAAAGCUGGAAAACUUGACUAUGAAUUCCAGCUCUACCACUAACUGGUCACUUGUCCUCUCACCUCUUUGCAACUCACGUUCCGAUCUGUAAGGUGAAGAUAUAUCUGCUCUAGCAGUUUCACAGGUUGCUAUGAGGUGCUAAUGAGAUCAUUUAAAAAUCCAACUAUCAUUGGUAUCUCAGUAAGAAUCUGGCAUUGGGAGCUCAAAACACUGCAAGAUUCAUGCGGGGAUCAUAAUUCUUGGCUAAAAAUUAAAAAAAAAAAAAAUCUAAACACCCCUCAAAAGACACUGAGCAUGAAAGUGGUCAGAUCUAGGUUUUAGAUACCAGGUUAUAACACUUCUCCUAAGGAGGUAGUAUUCUCAUUUUAAUGAAACAUUCUCAGUAGUGGUGGUAUCCUGUCACUUGUAAAAGACACACAGUGUAAAUGUUAAAACCCAGCCUGAAUGUUUAUAUGUUGAAAAUGUAUAAGUUAAACUGUUGACUUAGAAAAGCUAUACUUCACAGUGAGAGAAAAAAAAGUUGACUAGCUUAGGCAGCAGUAUAUACAACACUGAUCAUUUUUUAAAAAUCCUGGCAAUAUCUCAAGCUCUGGUACCUCUAGAUUGGACUACCUACUUAGAAGAUUAUUUACCCAAGUUUUGUUUUUAAUCUAAAAAGGAAUGGGCCUUUUAUUUAUAAAUAUAUAUGUUGGCUUUAGUUUCUGUAACCUGCCCUUUCAAAGAAAAUAAUGAGCGGAGAGGUAUUGACCAGCAGCCUCAAAUGUACCUAAAAGUUCCCAAUGGCUUUGUGACAUCACUGCCACCUCACAGGCAUGACAAAGCCAGCGCCAGGCACAUUCCUCCUUUCCAGGAAGGUGUGGUUAAGUGUAAGUGGUGAAAGAAGGGAAACCAUUGCUUAAUGUCGCAGAGGAGACAGACUGUCCUAUGUUGUGCAGAAAGCUCCCACACCAGGUAGGCAAGCUGGCCACCAGCAAGGCCCUCCUAUGAGCAUGACAGCCUAAAAGUGCAGGCAGGCCCUCAGCUCAACUAUUGGUAUAUGGAAAAUGAGAAAUGUUCUGUGAGAUAAGAAAUGUUUUGUCAUUUUUCUCAGAUUUGCUCCCAGUCCCCCAUCAGCUGCUUUUCCCUUGUAUAAAAGAGAUCAAAGGAAUAUACAGGAUCUAUUCACAGGUCCCACAAGGAAGGUGGUUGGAAGAGUCACAGAUAAGGGUGUUGGGUGAGAAGAACUGGACUGAGUCCAGAGAUUGAAAUUACAGGAAGCCCCAUUAGUCCAAAGCACUGAACUCGGUGUCGUGUUUCUGCCUUCCAGCCUCCUCCUCAUCUUCACCUUUCCCCCUCACCAGUGUUGCUUGGCUAAACCAGUAUUUCUUGUGUACUAAAGAAAUUGAAAAGCUUACCACAAAAGCAAAA